AUGUCCAAAGGUAUCCAGUUACGCGUUGACUCCGGUAAAUGCACCGAACCCGUUUAUGAAAAUGUACCAUUGCCUAGGAAUUCUAAAGAUAUCCGCAGCCGUACAUCUAAUGCACAAUUAUCUUCAGAGACCAAAGCACCGAUUAGUAAGGUGCUUCAACAAGUGCAGCCUGUAAGGAAAGAAAUUACUGUAGAAAAAACACAAAAUGAAGUUUUACCAAUGAAAAACAAUACUUUAGAUGUGAGCAGUAGUUCUAAUAAUUCAUCACAAGUAAUUUCAACAACAAUUAUUCAUUCAGCAGAGCAGUCUUUUGAUUCUUCAAACCAAAGUAGUAGUAGAGAAAUACUGAAAAAAGAAGGAAGGAGUGAAAAUCACCAAAAGUGGCAGGCAUCAGUGGGAAAUGAACAAAGAUUUUAUAUAGCUACACAGACCCCAUUACCUAGUACAGUGAAUCAUUUUUGGCAAAUGGUAUGGGAGGCUGGAGUACAUCUUGUCCUCGAUUUGUCCCUACCCAAAAUUAAUACUAUAGACAAAAAUUAUGGAAAUUAUUACUUCCCAACAGUUGCUGAUCAUUCUAUACAAUUUGGGGAGACAAUCCAAGGAAUACCUACGGGACAAAAUCGUAAUCUACCGAUUCUUGUCCAUUGUAGUACAGGAGUCGGUAGAACUGGCCUGGCAGUAUUAACUGAUAUUCUAUCAUAUUCACUGGAUCACAAUAAGGUAUGA